AUGGGGGUUGCAGAUAUCGAUAAAGAUCGCGAGCGGGCAUUGCUAGGAAACGUGCCACCGAAUCUGUACGAGUCCAACUGUGCCCCAGACUUCAACGAAUUCCUGGAAACAAGUCAGUCAGACGACGAUUCUGAGCCUUCGUCGGGCACAUCGAGGGUCAAUGGCGUAUCCCUUGCACGGACAUCCUACUCAUCCAACAGUUCCAGUAACGCUGGUCAGAUCAGCACCCCCGACGGCAGUGUAGCCAGCUCCGUGGGCUCCAUGAUCGGCGCACCCUCGCCAUCCCCUUCGGAAGGGGUAGUCCCAGUUGACCAGAAACCGUCGCCUGCGACACUGCACCAGCACAUGCUCGGCGCAUCGUCGCCUUCGCCACAAAUGGCGCCCCCUUCGUCUCAGUCAAGCCGGCAGCACACGCCCACGGCGCACCCGACGCUUCAGCACUCCCACGUGCAUGCCCAUCAGCAGGCCCCGAGCCCCGCAGGGCACGCACCUCUCCAGCAGCCCGGAUCCCAGACCCCAUUGCUGCAGCACCAUGGUCUUCAGCACCCACCUCAGCAACCAGUCAUCUCUUCUGGCCAGUCCUCCUCCAACUUCAUUCCAGGUUGUGGGAAGUUCGAACCCCGCGGUGUCAGGAGAGGGGAGGGGGGUGGAAACGAGUUUUUAUUCUUGAUUAAAAAGCACGCAAUGCACCCGCGGGUUGUCGAGCCGAGGGAUCCCUGGGCCGUUGUCGCGGGAUCCCAUCAUCCGGGUGACGGGAUAAUAGGUGCGACGACGAACCCGGGUGCGGCAACGUCAAGAGCGGGUGCGUGCGUCGGAAUCGGCGGAUGA